GCUAAAUACGGCAGAAAAAUAUGUUAUGGGCGAAAGUUGGUCUUAAGUGAAGGCUACCUGCAGCAGGAGACACAAAAUGCGUAGUGAACAGUUACUACACAACGGAGAAACACGCAACAGCUCUGGCUGACCUGCAGUUGCCCAGUGAAAUAGAAGAAGAUACAGAAGAUACACUGUGUGAGGAAAACAAAACACACAAACGGCAGGAGGAGCCGUGUUUUCUUGGUGAAGGAUCUGAACUGAAGCAGCACAGAGAGGCUGAUGCGAGGCAAAUACAGAUGGACUCGGAGGUCGAGGAGAGUGAGACAUCAGAAACAGAGAGAAAAGAGGUUGAGACACAGGAUGCUACAGAUGCCCAACAUGCCCAUGUGACCUCCAUGUUGUCUAGUUUGACUCGUCUGUUGAUAAAGAUGAGUGGGAAGCAGGGUGAGCUCGAGGGUCGCCUUGAUGAUAUGUUGUCCCGCAUUGCCAUGGAGACACAGGAAAUCAAAGACCUGGAGCAACAGCUUACAGAUGGUCAGAUUUUGGCUAACGAAGCUCUUCAAAGAGACUUGGAGGAAAUCAUCUCUGGUCUUCAGGCAUAUCUGCAAGGACUCAGAGAGCAGGCUCAUCAAGCUCAGCAGCAGGUUCAGAGUCUGCAGGCGGAAAACAAAAGUCUGCAGCUCCACCUGGAGGUCACUCAGAGACACUGCAGUCAGCUGGAGGACAAUGCAGGGAUGCACAAACAGGAUAUGUCUGUCCAGCAGGAGGAGCUGUCUUUAUUAAGGUUGGAGGCCCAGGCUCUGAGAGAUAGACAGGUAGAGAGCAGAAGAAAACAAGUGGAGCUGGAGGCAGAGCUCCAGCAGUUGAAGGUGGAGUUAAAGCGCAAGAUCAUGCAGGGACAGUUGCAGUGUGAUGCUCUGCAGGCAGCUGUUGACAAGGAGAAACAGACCAGAGAGCUCAGAGAGUCUCAAUUGAAGUCUUCAAUCAUCACCCUGCAGGAUGAGAGAUCAGAUCUUCAAAAAGUAGUAGAUAAACUUCAGGCCCAACUGGAUCAGACCAAAGCCCAGCUACAUCAGACCACAACCCAGUAUAGAGAUACCAGGGUCCAACUAGAUCAAUCCAGAAUUCAGCUGGACCAGAUUACAGCUUCUUUGUUGGAUCCUCAGGAGGGUCAGAGUGGAUCAGAGGACCUGGACAAGGACAACAGCAGUCCUGGCAGUCCUGAGCACUUGUUGUCCAGGAGCAUGGAGCAGCUCUGCAGGGCGAUCCAACAGACCAGGACCAGCAGAGAGAUGCUCCAGCGAGGCCAAAGCCACAAGGAACAGAUUGCCAGGCUGCAGGCCCAGCUUGUCCAGGAUCAGGAUCAGAUAGCCCAGCUGGAAGCCCAGGUGAUCUGUGGGGUGGAGCAGGACCAGGAGUCUAAUUGGAGGCUAAAAGAGGAGCUUAAGAACCUGAGAGCCCAACUGCAGAGGUCUCACAGCAAAAACCAACAGCUUAAAUACAAACUGGAAGCAGAGUUGCAGCAGAGUCAUGUGCAGCUUGAGGACAUCCAACAAGAGAGAGAUGCACUGUUAGAGCAGCUGCAUUCACAGAGUGAAGAGCACCAGAGGAACCUGCACCACCUGAACAAAAAAAUAUGGCAGCUCAGCAGGUCCAUGUGUGACUCUGAUCAGCUGACAGCGGAACAGCUUAAGUCCACAAUUGAACAGCUGCGAGAUCUGAACCAUACAGUGGAGCUGCUGCACACAAACUCUGAUCAGAACGUAGGAGAUGAGCCUGAUGGCAGUGAACACAACCCUACACUGCAAUCUGAUCACUCACAUACAUUAGAGGAGCUGAGGGCCGAGCUUGCUAAAGCUCAGAGACACACACAGAAGCUGAGACAGAAGCUGGACCGGGCCAGAAACGGGACCAGGACCAAGACUGGUGAUGGAGGGCAGUGGCACUACAUACCUCCUGGUCACAGCGCUCCCAGUUUUGGCUCUCAGAUGACUCAGGACUCUGGUUUGGGGCUGAAGUACUUCAGUUCUCCUGAAAGGGGGCAACAGCAGGAUGUACCACCUACAGGAGGAGGCUACUGGGUCUACAUUCCCCCGACUCAUGCUGACUCAACCACAGGAGCAGCAGCAGAGUGGAGGGACAGCGGAGGAGGCAGUGACCCUGACAGGAGCCCUGGGGGACCCACACCUCCCCCUCCUCCUGUACAUGCUGCAGCUGCCUCUGCUGGUCUUUCUGAAAGUCACACCCCCAUGAUUGGACCUGCAUGGCUGCUCUCUGGAUCACCUGCAGCUGUCUUCUACAAUCCUCCAGCAGGAGGCACUGUGCUACAUUGUAACAUACCAGAACACAGGCACACGGAGACAGACAGAUGCAUGUGUGAGUGUGUGAAUGAAGAUGCAGACAGACUGGAGGAAGAGAACAGGAAACUACGAAUGGAAACCAAACAGCUGAGACGGACAAUGAGACAAAACAGGAGUGUGAUGGAGGUGUGUGAAGAGGUGGACUGUGUGGAGAAAACUUUGCUAAAGAGACGAGCUGAACUCCGUAAGGCUGACAGACUGCUACUGGAGGCUCAGAGCUCCAUCCACACCUCCAGGGACAAGGCCAGUUCAGCUCAGCAGGAGGCUGAUGUGUUGCUGCAAACAGCUCAGGACAGCGCCACCUGUCUGCUGGAGGCCACACAGCAAAUGAGAGAGCUGCAGGAGGAGAUAGAGGGGCUGAGGAGGAGGAGAAAAGAGGAGGCUCACACUCUGAGGGAGAUGAAGGAGGAGCUGAGGAUCAGAGAGGAGGAGUUUCAUCAACUCAACACAGAAAUACACUCAGCUACAGACAGAUUAUCCAGUGUCCUGUCAGAACUUCAAGAGUCACAGACGCAUCUACGCUCACUCAACUGUCAGGUGGAGCAGGAGGAGCAGAAGCUGGUUCACAGGAUGGAGGAGCAUCAAACUGCUGUGAACAAAGUGAAGGAAGUCAGAGAGGAGGAACAGCGACUGCAGAACAGAGCCAAGGAGCUGUUGGAGCAGCAGGAGGUGCUACUGAGUGAAUGGAGGUCUACAGCCUCUGAUCUCAGAGAGGAGGAGCAGAGACUGAUCACAGUGCAGUCUGAGCUCAACACCCACAGAGCAGAGUUAAAACAUGUCCUCCAGGAGUUACUAGCAGAGCAGCAGGCACUGGAGCAAGUAAAAAACAAGCACACCCAGAGUGUCCAGCGACUCCAUAAGAAGCAAGAUCAGCUGGACAGACUACUGGCCGAGGUGGACAGGAUGAAGGAUAAACUGGACAGGACUAGCAGUGAACUUCAUCAGACAAAGGACAAACUGGACAGAAAGCAGGCCGAGGUGUACAGGAUGAGAGAUGAGUUUGUCAAGAUAAAAGAUGAAGUUCAAAAGAAAAAGGAUGAGCUGGAAAAGAAGGAAGAAGAAGUGGAUAGAAAAAGGGAUGAAUUGAACAAAAUACAGGAGGAUGUGGAUAAGAAAAGGGAAGAGCAGACUGAGCUGCAAAAAGAAGUCGAGUCCCACAGAAGCGAGGCAGAGAAACACUUCAAAGAGAAAAAACUACAGCAAACAGAGCUGCAGGAGCUGCAGGAGGAGCUGAGCAGGAAUAAGGAGGAAAGGAGCAGCGUACAGGAGCAGUGUAAACACCUGGAGGCCAGACGCAGACACGCCCACAGGAGUUUGUCAGCCGUGGAGGCCGAGCUUGCCAAACAGAGGGAAGAGCUCAGCCGACUCAAACAAGAAGUGAGCAGAGAUACAGCAGCAGCUCAGGAACAGCUCAACGAGAACUCUGAGCUGCUGUCUUUGCUUGCUGAACGAGUGGAGGAGAGGAAAAAACAACUGCAGAGUCUGGAAAAGGAGGUGAGGGUGAUAAGUCAGAAGCAGCAGGAGAGAGAAGAAGAACUGAAGGAGCUGGACAGACAGAUACAACAAAAACAGGCGUUGUGUGUUGAGUUGGAGGAUGUUAAAGCUGCACUGUGUAAGUUAGAAGAGAGGGGGCACCAUCUCAGCGAACAGCAGCAAAAACUCAACGAGCUCGAGGAGGAGCUGUACGAGAAGGAGAAAUGGAUUUUAACCAAAGAGGCGGAGAUACAACAGAAAGAGGAGGAGAUGCAGCAGAAAGAGGGGGGCUGUCAUGUACAAGAAGAAAUGCACAGGAAAGAAGAAGAGAAUUACAGCAGGAUUGAGGAGGAGGAGGAAGAAGAGUCUUUCUAUUUGUCUACAGCUGGACUGAGGUCAGACUUCAGCACUGAGGACGAGAGGUGGGAGGUGGAGCUGCAGAGAGAAAAACUGAUACAACACGAGGAUCGCCUUAAAGCUCGACUGCGCUGCAGUUUGUGGAAUCAACAGGAGAACCUGGAGGUGAAACGGUUGGAGACCGAGAGGAGUUUACUGGGACUGAAACACAAACUGGACCGGCUGGACUCCCUGCUCACACACUCUUCAUAACUCACACAGCUGAGAGACUGUGCAUUGUUGUUACAGGGUAUUUUUAACUUAUGUGAAACCAGACAGAACCAAAUAUUCAGAUUUUAUUUCUGACAAAGGGAAACUUGGUAAGAUAAUGUAAUAAGACCAAAAAACAACCUUUUACAUUCCUUCAUUCAAACUCACUCAAGUCUAGACUGAAGAAGAAAACUCAUCCAUUUUGUUUGAUGAAGGUUUGACUCUCUUCAAAUAUAUCACACACUUCUGUUUGCCAACACUUCUGUUUAAUGCAGCAUCAAGUCAGAUUGUAUCAAAAGACUUGGACACUGUUUUUAUGAUCCAGACACUUUGAUCCACAGUAACGACUGACUACUUGACUUCUGUGACAUGAAGCCAAAGACGUUUAUCACUGUGACUGAAGAUUUCUCUCAUCUGUGAAAAAAACACAACUGGACUGAACUGAACAAUGAAGCACUUAAAAUCUAAAGCUCUUGCACUUUCUCUUCCAGCAAUAUUUUUAUAUUUAAAGCCUGCUAUGCAAAUGAAGGACAAUGAUAUUUAUCUUUGUAUUAAAAUGUUUCAAGGACAUUUUAA